UGGCCUGGGGUGUGUGUUCUGCCCCAGCCCUCCACCUGCCCUGGUGCUCCGGGCUGGGGACCCCUGGGGUCCAGGGCAGUGGUGUUGCCACGGUUUCCUGGUCCCAGCAGGCCAUUGGUGGGCCUGCAAGGAGGGGUCCAUGAGGAGGGCAGGCACCCAGGUCUGGGGAGGUCCUGAGGAUGGGGGUGCAGCUAGGCAUGAUGGCUUCCUCCAGGACAACCCUCCAUGCAACUCCAGGCCCUGGCUCUGCUUGGCCUGCAGGAGAGAAAGUCGCAAGAGGUGGCCUGGCUUCCCCGGCCCGCUAGAACUUAGGGCUCGAAGCAGGGAAGUGUGCGCGAGUCUGCAUGUGUGGGUAUUGAAAUGUGGGUGGUGCUGCAGAAGUCUUUGCUGGGUGACUGUGUGUGUGCGUGUGUAAGGAGCUGGUCUCAGCAUGUCUGUGCGGGUUGUGUCAGUGUGUGUCUGUGUGUGCAAGCCCAGAUGUGCUUGUGUAGGGUAUGUGCACAUGGACUGGGUGGUGCGUGCGCAAGCGUGCGUCUCUGUGCUGGGGGCAGUCGGGCUAGGGCAGCCCCUGGCCUGAGUCGGGGUGUGCAUCUCGAGCCUCGAGGGGUGGGGUUUGGGAAGAGGGGCCAGAAGGAGGGUGAGGAAGGGCUUCAGGGGGCCUGCCAGCCUCCGGCCCCCCCCUCGCGCCCUUUCCCAGGCCCUGAAGAUGCCUGGCCCUGCUGCCUCCCCUCCCUGGGUGGCUCCAAGGAGGCGCCCCCUGUGGAAUGUGUUUGGUGGCCGAGGGCCAGGCUGGGCAGUGGCAAGGGGAGCCCCGCGUGCUGCAGGCCCGCAGCCCAGCUCUGCGCUCUGCUUUCUCCCUGGCCAGGGGACGCCCACACAGAUCAUGCUGCUGCUUCCCGACCGAGCCGGCCCUGCCAGGUGACCAUGCCCGCCCUUGGCCCAGCGAUUCUGCAGGCGCUUUGGGCUGGGUGGGUCCUCAGCCUCCAGCACCCCCAGCCAGCUGCGUUCACUGCCAAUGGCACGCGUCUGCAGCACGUGGUGCGGGACCCCACCUCAGGCACCCUCUACCUCGGGGCCACCAACUUCCUGUUCCAGCUGAGCCCGGGGCUGCAGCUGGAGGCCACUGUGGCCACUGGCCCUGUGCUCGAUAGCAGAGACUGCCUUCCCCCUGUGGUGCCUGACGAGUGUCCCCACGCCCAGCCCACCAACAACCCGAACCAGCUGCUCCUGGUGAGCCCGGGGGCCCUGGUGGUGUGCGGGAGCGUGCACCAGGGGGUCUGUGAGCAGCGGCGCCUGGGGCGGCUCGAGCAGCUCCUGCUGCGGCCCGAGCGGCCUGGGGACACCCAGUACGUGGCAGCCAAUGACCCUGCGGUCAGCACGGUGGGCCUGGUGGCCCAGGGCCCGGCUGGGGGACCCCUCCUAUUUGUGGGGCGGGGAUACACCAGCAGGGGCCUGGGGGGCGGCAUCCCCCCCAUCACCACCCGGACCUUAUGGCCACCGGACCCCCAGACCGCCUUCUCCUAUGAGGAGACAGCCAAGCUGGCGGUGGGCCGCCUCUCCGAGUACAGCCACCACUUCGUGAGCGCCUUCCGGCACAGCGCCAGCGCCUACUUCCUGUUCCUGCGGCGGGACCUGCGGGCGCCGUCCCGGGCCUUCCGGGCCUACGUGUCCCGCGUGUGCCUCCGGGACCAGCACUACUAUUCCUACGUGGAAGUGCCGCUGGCCUGCCAGGAAGCCCGCUACAGGCUGGUCCAGGCCGCGGCCGUGGCCCCGCCACGGGAGGGGACCCAGGGGCAGGCGCUCUUCGUGGCCUUCUCUGUGGCUGCUCCCCCCGUGGUGGGCCGGCCCCCAGUGGCAGCUGCUGGACCAUCAGGGGCCUCCGCGCUCUGUGCCUUCCCCCUGGAUGAGGUGGACCGCCUCGCGAAUCACACUCGUGACGCCUGCUACACCCGGGGCGGCCGCGCCGAGGAUGGGCAGGAAGUGGCCUACAUCGAGUAUGAUGUCAGCUCCAGCUGUGCACAGUUGCCCAUGGACACCGUGGAUGCUUAUCCCUGUGGCUCAGACCACACCCCGAGCCCCAUGGCCAGCCAGGUUCCCCUGGAAGCUAUGCCGGUCCUGGAGUGGCCAGGGGUUCAGCUAACAGCUGUGGCGGUAGCCGUGGAGGAUGGCCACACCAUUGUGUUCCUGGGUGACAGUGAAGGGCACCUGCACAAGGUGUACCUGGGCCCCGGGAGCGAUGGCCACCCGUACUCCACACAGAGCAUCUGGCAGGGGUCUGCAGUGAGCAGAGACCUCCUCUUUGAUGGGCCCUUGGAGCACCUGUACGUCCUGACCCAGCACACGCUCCUCAAGGUUCCCGUGGCCUCCUGUGCCCAGCACCUGGACUGCGUAUCUUGCCUUGCUCACAGGGACCCACACUGUGGGUGGUGUGUGCUUCUAGGCAGGUGUGGUCGCCGUUCCGAGUGCUCGCGGGGCCGGGGCCCAGAGCCGUGGCUGUGGAGCUUCCAGCCGGGGCCGGGCUGCCUGCAGGUGGCGGCUCUGAUCCCUGCCAGCAUCAGCCGAGAGGAGAGGAGAGAGCUGUUCCUGGCUGUGCCCGGCCUGCCACCCCUGUGGCCUGGGGAGUCGUAUUCCUGCCACUUUGGGGAGCACCGGAGUCCUGCCCUGCUGACCGGCUCUGGCGUGACGUGCUCCUCCCCAGGCCCUAAGGAAGCCCCACCACUGCCAAAAGGAGUCGACCACCUCUCCAUGGGCGUGGAGCUCAGGUUCGGUGCUGUGAGCAUCGCCAAAGCCUCCCUCCUCGUCUACGACUGUGUGGCCAUCCCUGAGCUCCACCCGACCGCUCAGUGCCAGGCCUGCGUGAGCAGCCGCUGGGGGUGUAAGUGGUGCGUCUGGCAGCACGUGUGCACACACAAGGCCUCGUGUGAUGCCGGGCCCAUGGUGGCUAGCCAGCAGAGUCCGCUUCUCUCCCCAGACCCUUCUGCAGAGGAUGUGCCCACCCCCUCCCCACCUGCAGCCCCCGAGGUCACGGGCACCCCGGCUCCUGACACCCCUCCCGAGGAGCCCGGGGCUCCAGCCACAGCCACAGCCACGGCCACAGCCACACGUGUCCCUGCUGCAGCCAGGCCCUCCCUGCUCAGCCCCUUCCCCACCCUGGCCUCCACAGAGCCCCCUCUGCAUGAGGGGCCACCCCCUCCCAGCAACCCCAGACCUGGAACUGCUAUCCAGCCCACCGGCCUCAGGCCCACGGCCCAGGACCCCUUGGCCUCCCACUCAGCACCCUCAGGUGCAGCAGCGGGGACCCCUGCAGACCCCGGUGCCAAGGCACGCCCCACUGCAGCACCCCCAGACCAGCCCCCCAGCACUGCUCCCGCCACGGCCUUCCCAGGGGCUGCGGGCUCCACGAAGCCUGCUCUGACCUGGUCUGAGAGAGGAGGCGGCGAGCUACCCGAGGCUGACCCGUGGACAGGGGGUGACACGCCCGCCCUCUCCACUCCCACCCUCCUCUCAGGUGACGGAGACUCGGCCGAGCACGAGGGCCCCCCUGCCCCCGUCAUCCUCCCGUCCAGCCUCGACUACCAGUACGACAGCCCGGGGCUCUGGGAGCUGGGAGAGGUGGGCUGCGGGGCCAGCGCCUGCCCUUGUGUGGAGAGCAUCCAGGGCUCUGAGCUGAUUCCCGUCCUGGUGGCCCAGGAGGUCCAGCUGCUGGGCAGGAACCUGCGCCUCUUCCAGGACAGCCCAGGAGAUAGUAAGUGUGUGAUGGAGCUGGAGGACCGCGAGGUGGUGCUGGAGGCCCAGGUGGAGUGUGAGCUGCCCCCAGGGGACCAGUGCCACGUCACCUGCCAGCAGCACCAGCUCAGCUACGAGGCUCUGCAGCCAGAGCUCCGUGUGGGGCUGUUUCUGCGCUGGGCUGGCAGUCUGCGCGUGGACGGUGCUGAUGGGCUGCAUGUUGUGCUGUAUGACUGUUCCGUGGGACACCAGGACUGCAGCCGCUGCCAGACCGCCAAGCCCCAGUACGACUGUGUAUGGUGCAUGGGGGUGCACCCACGCUGCACGGCCCGGAAGGCCUGUGGGAGGCCCGGGGCCGUGGCCACCCAGUGCCCUGCGCCCCUUAUCCUCUCGGUGGAGCCACUGACUGGGCACAUACAUGGAGGCACCCGGGUCACCAUCAGGGGCUCCGACCUGGGCCAACACGUGCAGGACAUAAGGGACACAGUCACGGUGGCUGGAGUGCCCUGUGCGGUGGACACUCAGGAGUACCAGGUCUCCAGCAGACUCGUGUGCAUCACCGCCAGCGCUGGCAAGGAGGUGGCAGGCGCCGUGACAGUGGAGGUGCCCGGAAGGGGACGUGGUGUCUCAGAGCAUCUCUUUGCCUACCAGGACCCGAAGGUGCUCUCCAUCAGCCCGGCCCGCGGCCCCAGGGCUGGGGGCACCCGCCUCACCCUGCACGGCUCCAGCCUGCUGACCGGGCGGCUGGAGGACAUCCGAGUGGUCGUUGGAGACCAGCCUUGCUGCCUGCUGCCAGAGCCGCGGGCCGAGCAGCUGCAGUGUGAGACGGGCCCACAGCACACACCUGCCGUGCUCCCCGUGGCCGUGUGGUUUGGGGCCGUUGAGCAGAGGCUGCAGAGCCAGUUCCAGUACACAGCUGACCCCAACGUCACCUCUGCUGGCCCCACCAAGAGCUUCGUCAGCGGAGGGCGUGUGGUCCGGGUCCGUGGUCAGAACCUAGACGUGGUACAGACGCCAAGGAUGCGAGUGGCUGUGCAGGCGCUGCAGCCCAGCGAGGGUCAGGAGCAGAGGCGCCGCGUCGAGCCGGAGGCAGCCUGCUCCCUCGGCGCCUGCAGUGGGGGUCGUCAUUUCGAGGAGCCGUGCCUAGUCGCCUCCUCCCGGCUGAUCACGUGCCCCACGCCUGCCCUCCCGGGCUUGCCCACAGACCCCUGGGUCCGGGUGGAAUUUAUCCUUGACAACCUGGUCUUCGACUUUACAACGCUGAGCCCCACGCCCUUCUCCUAUGAGGCCGACCCCACUCUGCAGCCCCUCAACCCCGAGGACCCCACCAGGCCAUUCCGGCACAAGCCUGGGAGCGUGCUGUCCGUGGAGGGGGACAACCUGGACCUUGCAAUGUCCAAGGAGGAGGUGCUGGCCAUGAUAGGGGACGGCCCCUGUGUGGUGAAGACCCUCACCCGGCACCACCUGUACUGCGAGCCGCCCGAGGAGCAGCCCCUGGCACAGCACCACCCCCUGCAGGGGGCACCCGACCCUCUGCCCGAGUUCACGGUGGACAUGGGGAACCUGCACUUCUCCCUGGGCCGCGUGCAGUAUGACAGCGAGGGCCCCGUGGCUUUCCCCGUGGCAGCCCAGGUGGGCUUGGGGGUGGGCGCCUCUCUCCUGGCUCUGGGUGUCAGCGUCAUCGUCCUCAUGUACAGGAGGAAGAGCAAACAGGCCCUGCGGGACUAUAAGAAGGUCCAGAUACAGCUGGAGAACUUGGAGAGCAGCGUGCGGGACCGCUGCAAGAAGGAGUUCACAGACCUCAUGACCGAGAUGACCGACCUCACCAGUGACCUGCUGGGCAGCGGCAUCCCCUUCCACGACUACAGGGUGUACGCCGAGAGGGUCUUCUUCCCAGGGCACCGGGAGUCGCCCCUGCACCGGGACCUGGGCGUGCCCGAGAGCCGGCGGCCCACCGUGGAGCACGGGCUGGGGCAGCUGUCCCACCUGCUCAACAGCAAGCUGUUCCUCACCAAGCUCAUCCACACCCUGGAGAGCCAGCGCACCUUCUCGGCCCGGGACCGUGCCUACGUGGCUUCUCUGCUCACCGUGGCACUGCACGGGAAGCUGGAGUACCUCACCGACAUUCUACGCACACUGCUCACUGACCUGGUGGCCCAGUGUGUGGCCAGGAACCCCAAGCUGAUGCUGCGCAGAACAGAGACCGUGGUGGAGAAGCUGCUCACCAACUGGAUGUCCAUCUGCCUGUACACUUUCGUCAGGGAUGCAGUUGGGGAGCCUCUGUACAUGCUCUUCCGUGGGAUUAAGCAUCAGGUGGACAAGGGCCCGGUGGACAGUGUGACGGGCAAAGCCAAGUACACCCUCAACGACAACCGCCUGCUCAGAGAGGAUGUGGAGUACCGUCCCCUGACACUGACUAGUGCACAGGGUGCUGGGGCCACAGANGGAGCUGGUGAGGCCAGGCCCAGGAAGGAGGCCCGGGACAGGGGAGAGGUGGGCUGCGGGGCCAGCGCCUGCCCUUGUGUGGAGAGCAUCCAGGGCUCUGAGCUGAUUCCCGUCCUGGUGGCCCAGGAGGUCCAGCUGCUGGGCAGGAACCUGCGCCUCUUCCAGGACAGCCCAGGAGAUAGUAAGUGUGUGAUGGAGCUGGAGGACCGCGAGGUGGUGCUGGAGGCCCAGGUGGAGUGUGAGCUGCCCCCAGGGGACCAGUGCCACGUCACCUGCCAGCAGCACCAGCUCAGCUACGAGGCUCUGCAGCCGGAGCUCCGUGUGGGGCUGUUUCUGCGCUGGGCUGGCAGUCUGCGCGUGGACGGUGCUGAUGGGCUGCAUGUUGUGCUGUAUGACUGUUCCGUGGGACACCAGGACUGCAGCCGCUGCCAGACCGCCAAGCCCCAGUACGACUGUGUAUGGUGCAUGGGGGUGCACCCACGCUGCACGGCCCGGAAGGCCUGUGGGAGGCCCGGGGCCGUGGCCACCCAGUGCCCUGCGCCCCUUAUCCUCUCGGUGGAGCCACUGACUGGGCACAUACAUGGAGGCACCCGGGUCACCAUCAGGGGCUCUGACCUGGGCCAACACGUGCAGGACAUAAGGGACACAGUCACGGUGGCUGGAGUGCCCUGUGCGGUGGACACUCAGGAGUACCAGGUCUCCAGCAGACUCGUGUGCAUCACCGCCAGCGCUGGCAAGGAGGUGGCAGGCGCCGUGACAGUGGAGGUGCCCGGAAGGGGACGUGGUGUCUCAGAGCAUCUCUUUGCCUACCAGGACCCGAAGGUGCUCUCCAUCAGCCCGGCCCGCGGCCCCAGGGCUGGGGGCACCCGCCUCACCCUGCACGGCUCCAGCCUGCUGACCGGGCGGCUGGAGGACAUCCGAGUGGUCGUUGGAGACCAGCCUUGCUGCCUGCUGCCAGAGCCGCGGGCCGAGCGGCUGCAGUGUGAGACGGGCCCACAGCACACACCUGCCGUGCUCCCCGUGGCCGUGUGGUUUGGGGCCGUUGAGCAGAGGCUGCAGAGCCAGUUCCAGUACACAGCUGACCCCAACGUCACCUCUGCUGGCCCCACCAAGAGCUUCGUCAGCGGAGGGCGUGUGGUCCGGGUCCGUGGUCAGAACCUAGACGUGGUACAGACGCCAAGGAUGCGAGUGGCUGUGCAGGCGCUGCAGCCCAGCGAGGGUCAGGAGCAGAGGCGCCGCGUCGAGCCGGAGGCAGCCUGCUCCCUCGGCGCCUGCAGUGGGGGUCGUCAUUUCGAGGAGCCGUGCCUAGUCGCCUCCUCCCGGCUGAUCACGUGCCCCACGCCUGCCCUCCCGGGCUUGCCCACAGACCCCUGGGUCCGGGUGGAAUUUAUCCUUGACAACCUGGUCUUCGACUUUACAACGCUGAGCCCCACGCCCUUCUCCUAUGAGGCCGACCCCACUCUGCAGCCCCUCAACCCCGAGGACCCCACCAGGCCAUUCCGGCACAAGCCUGGGAGCGUGCUGUCCGUGGAGGGGGACAACCUGGACCUUGCAAUGUCCAAGGAGGAGGUGCUGGCCAUGAUAGGGGACGGCCCCUGUGUGGUGAAGACCCUCACCCGGCACCACCUGUACUGCGAGCCGCCCGAGGAGCAGCCCCUGGCACAGCACCACCCCCUGCAGGGGGCACCCGACCCUCUGCCCGAGUUCACGGUGGACAUGGGGAACCUGCACUUCUCCCUGGGCCGCGUGCAGUAUGACAGCGAGGGCCCCGUGGCUUUCCCCGUGGCAGCCCAGGUGGGCUUGGGGGUGGGCGCCUCUCUCCUGGCUCUGGGUGUCAGCGUCAUCGUCCUCAUGUACAGGAGGAAGAGCAAACAGGCCCUGCGGGACUAUAAGAAGGUCCAGAUACAGCUGGAGAACUUGGAGAGCAGCGUGCGGGACCGCUGCAAGAAGGAGUUCACAGACCUCAUGACCGAGAUGACCGACCUCACCAGUGACCUGCUGGGCAGCGGCAUCCCCUUCCACGACUACAGGGUGUACGCCGAGAGGGUCUUCUUCCCAGGGCACCGGGAGUCGCCCCUGCACCGGGACCUGGGCGUGCCCGAGAGCCGGCGGCCCACCGUGGAGCACGGGCUGGGGCAGCUGUCCCACCUGCUCAACAGCAAGCUGUUCCUCACCAAGCUCAUCCACACCCUGGAGAGCCAGCGCACCUUCUCGGCCCGGGACCGUGCCUACGUGGCUUCUCUGCUCACCGUGGCACUGCACGGGAAGCUGGAGUACCUCACCGACAUUCUACGCACACUGCUCACUGACCUGGUGGCCCAGUGUGUGGCCAGGAACCCCAAGCUGAUGCUGCGCAGAACAGAGACCGUGGUGGAGAAGCUGCUCACCAACUGGAUGUCCAUCUGCCUGUACACUUUCGUCAGGGAUGCAGUUGGGGAGCCUCUGUACAUGCUCUUCCGUGGGAUUAAGCAUCAGGUGGACAAGGGCCCGGUGGACAGUGUGACGGGCAAAGCCAAGUACACCCUCAACGACAACCGCCUGCUCAGAGAGGAUGUGGAGUACCGUCCCCUGACCUUGAACGCACUGCUGGCCGUGGGGCCAGGGGCAGGAGAGGCCCCGGGAGUGUCUGUGAAGGUCCUAGACUGUGACACCAUCUCCCAGGCCAAGGAGAAGAUGCUGGACCAACUUUACAAAGGCGUGCCUCUCACCCAGCGGCCAGAUGCCCGCACUCUGGAUGUCGAGUGGCGGUCUGGGGUGGCCGGGCAUCUCGUUCUUUCUGACGAGGAUGUGACUUCCGAGGCCCAGGGUCUGUGGAGGCGCUUGAACACUCUGCAGCAUUACAAGGUGCCAGACGGAGCGACGGUGGCCCUGGUCCCCUGCCUCACCAAGCAUGUCCUCCGGGAAAGCCAGGACUAUGUCCCCAGAGAGAGCACCCCGAUGCUGGAGGAUGUGGAUGAGGGGGGCAUCCGGCCGUGGCACCUGGUGAAGCCAAGCGAGGAGCCGGAGGCCCGGCCUCGGAGGGGCAGCCUACGCGGCGGGGAGCGUGAGCGGGCCAAGGCCAUCCCUGAGAUCUACCUGACCCGCCUGCUGUCCAUGAAGGGCACCCUGCAGAAGUUCGUGGACGACUUGUUCCAGGUGACCCUCAGCACCGGCCGCUCUGUGCCGCUGGCCGUGAAAUACUUUUUUGACCUGCUGGAUGAGCAGGCCCAGCAGCACGGCAUUGCUGACCAGGACACUGUGCACAUCUGGAAGACCAACAGCUUGCCGUUAAGGUUCUGGAUCAAUAUAAUCAAAAACCCGCAGCUUGUGUUCGACGUGCAGACGUCAGACAGCGUGGACGCGGUGCUCCUGGUCAUCGCGCAGACCUUCGUGGACGCCUGCACCCUGGCGGACCACAAGCUGGGCCGUGACUCCCCCAUCAAUAAGCUGCUGUAUGCACGUGAUAUUCCCCGAUACAAACAGAUGGUGGAAAGGUACUACGCAGACAUCAGACAGGCCGUCCCCACCAGCGACCAGGAGAUGAACUCUGUCCUGGCCGAGCUGUCCCGGAACCAUUCCGGAGGCCUCGGGGCAGGAGUGGCCCUGCACGAGCUCUACAAGUACAUCAACAGAUACUACGACCAGAUCAUCACAGCCCUAGAGGAGGACGGCGUGGCCCAGAAGAUGCAGCUGGGCUACCGGCUCCAGCAGAUCGCAGCCGCCGUGGAGAACAAGGUCACGGACCUGUAGGGACCGCGCGGGCCCUGCCUGGGCAGCCUCAGAGCCGUGAGGGGCACGCGCCCAGUGCCUGAGGAGCAGCGGGCGGGGGUGCCCCAGCCGCUGGUGCCUCUGGCCAAGGCCUUGGGCACCUGCCCUGCAGGUGGACCCGAGGCUGCCUGUGGUCACUGCCCAGCUGGCCCCAGCUCAGUGACCCGAGGGCUGUCUUCUGUGGCCUCGGUCUGCAGAGGGGCUGCUGAGCGCUUCCGGGAGGCUGCACUGUCCCUGGCCUUCACCUUCCAGCCUGGGAGGGAGAGCCUGUGCUCCCCGCCUCUUCUGGCACCCCCACCUCGGUUUAGCUGCCUCGGCCUUGAUGCUGCUGCGUAUUCGAGGCCACUGCAGGCUGCCCUCAGCAGGGCCUGCUGCCUCCAGGGCAGCUAGUGGGGGGGUGUCUGCUGCAGGAGUCCAUGGAGGGUGGUGGCCCUGACCAAGCUCUUCAUUAAACGGUGACAUGUGGCGUGGCCUGUGCUCUGUGGGCUCAGCCCGGCUCCUUUCUCAGCAGGAGGGCAGCGGUUGCUGGCGGGCACCCCACGUGAGGCUCUAGACUAGGGCUCAUUGGGGCUGAAGUUCCGUGAGGAAGUGAGAACCCCUCUGGGCUGUGCCUGGUGGCCACUGUGGUCCCCUUGGGGAGACCUGCCUCACGUGUCCUUUGGGGUCCUCACUCCUCAUUUGUCUUGAGCUGGGAAAGGAUGGUACCUUGCAGCCACUGCUAGGCAGUGGGCUUGGGGCCCCAGCCCGGGGCAUUCUGAGGGGUCCUUGAAAGUCAUGGCAUCUUACGGGCUCCUAAGCCAGCUGCCUGCAUGUGGGCACUGCGUGGUUUCCCCAUCUGUGGCUUGGAGGCCAUCUCACUGGGCCUCGGGUCACUGGCUGAGCUGAUGCCUCUUGACCUGGCCCAUCUUUGGCCUUAGUGGGAGUCCAGCCGGCUGAGCAGAGGCCAGCCCAGGGCACCUCCACCCCCAGGGUUUGCUGAGGCCCUGCUCUGCUGGCCCCCCGACAUCUAAGAGCCCCCAGCCCCCUUCCCCUCAGAAGGGCAUCUUGCAUUCUGGCAUUCUGAGGUCUUUGGAGUUGGAGACAACGUCUGAUAGGAAUCCCUGCCUUGCUCCUAUCGGCCUCAGCUAAAGCCGUUCCCCAGUCCUCGUCCCAAAGGCUGCAGGAGCCACGUGGUCCGCUAUGCCUGCUAUCUGCUCUAAUGUUCCUCCUCAUUUCUGCUUAAUGCGGGCACCGCACGGAUAGCUCAGUGUUGCUAAACUGAACCAGUGUUCACCCCCCAUUGUGAUAGUGUCAGGGAGCAGGGCCCUCAAGGGUGGUCAGCCCCCCUGGGGCCAUGACUGCCCGUGACUCUGGUCAGGAAGCCCGUGAUGGGGUGAGGAGGAAACGGCCUCGUGCCUGGAGGUGGGGCACCACCAUGCCUGCAUCUGUCGCCUCACAUCUCAGGCCCUGCAGGACGCUGCUCUGGUGGCUGAUAGGGUGUGUGCAGGUUUGCCCCAACGUGAACACCUAACUCCUCGUGAACACUGUGCUACGGGGAGCAGGUUUGCACCCUGAUGGGCGUUGUGGCUGCAGCUUCGGUGCCCCUCAGUCGGAGCGAUCUCUUCGUGGUUUUUCUGACGGAGAUGCAGAGUGCUGUGACAGCUGUGUCUCCCCCCAGCAGGGCCUUGCCUCGCUGCUGGGGCCGUGAGGGCCUUAGGCAGCAGUUUGUGUCACAAGGACCUCCACCAACUUCAGGAGAAGACUUGGAGUUCUGUUUCUUUGUUAAAUGUGUUGAUACUUAAAGAAUCACAUGCUAAACGUAA